AUGCCGGUGCGUACGCUAGAAUCCCUGAGCAUAGAGGAAGAGUACAACAACACACUGCGGACGCAAUCCAACGCGCGCUUCCUAUCAAACAAACAGCAAUCUGAGGAAGAAAUGGAGGCGCUUCUUGAGACUCAGCAGGAUCUCAUCCCUCCGGUGCUUCAGAACGUGAUGAUGCACCGAAGAACUCCUUCAGAGAUUGAGCUGGCAUUGGCGGGUUACUUCGACGCCAGCGCCGAAGCCUCGGAGAUGUGCCGGCAGCUGCUCAGGAACAUCAAGAGCACCCAAAGCAACUACCAAUCGAUGGACAGCUUCCUUGCAAGCAUGUCAGACAGUACGGCCAGCACUAGUGCCAGUGCUCCCCUUGCUCUCAAACCAUCAUUCGCUUUCAGAAGCAACCCUUUCGGCGCCACGACACGAAGCAACUUCAGGCAGAUCCACGGCAAGUACUCCUCCAUACUCCAGAGCAUCAAGUCCAGCCACAGGAAGGUGGCGAGGAAGCUCAAGAUCGUGAAGGCCGUCAAGAAGCUCGGGAGGACGUGCCUCGUCGUGGCCUGCGGCGCGGCCGCGGCGGCCGCCAUUGGCGCGGCGGCGCACCUCCUGUUCUUCGGCCUCCUGGUCGGGUCGGCGGCCGCGGGGCUCUGCCCAAUCGCGCUUAAGAGGCGGCUGGUCACGGCGGAGAGGACGAAGAAGAAGCGGUCCAGCAAGACCAGGUCACUGAUGCGGCUUCGGGAGCAGCUCGACACCGCGGCGAAGGGGACGUACGUCCUUGGCAGGGACUUCGACACGGUGAGCCACCUCGUGGCGCGGCUCUCUGACGGCAUCGAGCGGGAGAACGCCAUGGCGAGGCGGUGCGCGGAAAGGGCGGGCGAUAGGAGCUCGGUGCAUGAGAUGGUGAGCGAGCUGAGGAGAAGCUGCUCGAGCUCGAGGAGGCUCGCCGAGGAGCUGGAAGAGCACGUGUGCCUUUGCCUUGCCACCAUACAUAGGGCUAGAGUUUUGGUGAUCCAAGAGAUCUCCAAGCAAGAAUGA